UUCGCCCAGCCGUCUCAGUCGACAUGUUUAGCGAACUGCCUCAAUUUUUGUUUUCCCUUCAAGGCUUUCUAUUGAUGAUAAUUCUUGUUGUAACGCUGUACGUCAUUUCUUGCCUUUUGUUCCCUGAUGUUUCCGUUUCUGAUUUGGAGAAGAAAGCCGUUCUUAUCACGGGAUGCGACAGUGGUUUUGGUUACGAGCUCGCAAAGAAGCUCGAUUCUCGAGGUUUACAGGUUUUUGCUGGGUGUCUAACUUCAGACGGACAAGCAAAGCUGAGAAGUGAAUGCUCUCGAAAACUGACCACAUUACAACUUGACGUUACAAAUGCGAGCGACGUGCAGAAUGCUUUGAAAGAAGUAAAUUCCCACCUGCCUCCCCAAGGUAAGUGAAAAGAACACGCAAUCGUUUAAACAGUGGAGGACUCUGCGAACAUUGACGAACUGAAAUUAUAGCUCUUGAGCAAUUUCUUGCCACCGAAAAAUGUCAAUUAAUUAUGCACAAGAGGAGAUUUUUGCGGCCGUUUACACACAUCUCUGACAUCUCCAGUUGAUCUGAAAACAUUCAUCAAAUAUUACGUAAUAUUGGGGCAGGCCGGUAUGGCCCAUCUCCGAUGAGCUUUUGCUUUUGAAUAUCUGUAUCACUUUGAGGACUCACCGUUUUUUUCUUACCUUUGAAGAAUUCCAUAAAAUUGUAUUCACCCCUGAAGACUACCAUAAAAUAAUUGGAUCAACCCCUGAAAAUGCCUGAAAAAGGUACUCUUUUGGGGGAACCUCCCUCUAUGGAUCAGUAUAGGGCCGAAUAACCCCCCACUGAGGUUUGGUUGGUCCCAAGCCCUUCUACUCAGGAACCUGCAGCUUGCAAACAAAUGCAUGUAAUUUUAUGCCCUCCAAGAAAGCACUUUUAUAAUAGUAAAGAUCUUAUAUAAAAUGCACAAGGAAAGGAGGGUCCUGAAGGUGUAAAAUGGGAAUUGGGAUUUGGACUGGGAAAAUGGGAUUUGGUUGCUGGGACUGGGAUUUGAGUGAGAAAAAAAGGCAAAAUGGGAAUGGGAUUGGUGUUUUGUUAGCAUAUCAGUGGGAUCGGGACACUGGUUAGUGGGAUUUGGAAAAAAAUGGUGGCUGGGAAACGGGAUUGGUAACCCCCCUUCAGGACCCUUGGAAAGCAGUAGUCUGUUCCAGGCUCUCAGAUAGGCCUAGAUACAAAUAUCGCAAAAAAUGACCUAAAUUUCUUUCUAGAAGUUCUCAUAAAAUUCCUAAAUUUCUUAAAAAAUCUUCUAAAUUUCUCAGAAAUAUCAUUUUUUUCUAAUGUUAAUUUGACCCAUUUUUGGCUUUAUAUCAAUUAAAGAAAUGAAAAAAAAUAUAUACAUUAUUAUUUGAAUAGCAAAAGAUGUGUAUUGCAGGGCCUUCUCUUCCUCUUUGUUCUUGUUCACUCGCCUGUACAAUUUCCACUUCGAUAACUUCCGCCAUGUUGACUGAUUGAUUCCACGUGGCGUCGAAUUAAUUGGUAGGUACUUUGUAUAUGGUGCAUCUUAUUGUACUGCAGAAUAAAUCUGCUGAAUUGGUAGUAUCGCUGGCUCGUAAAAGGACACGAAAUUAAUAUAAACUGUUUUUUUUGCUCUUAUGAAGUAUCUUUUUUGUGAUAAUUGCUCUAAAUAUCACUUUUUUUUCUAAAUUUCUCAAUAUUUUCUAAAUUUCUCAAAAACUUCUAAAUAUCUCAAAAAAUAUCGCGAUAUUUGUAUCUAGGCUUACUCUCAGAUGGUAGGGAUGACCUGUAAGUGAAAUGCACGCAAAAAUAUAGGUGCGUGAUCUGGGAAAAGGUGGGGGAACAGUAAAAAGUUUCCUUCCAGUUACGUCUCCUCUUCUUUUAUUUUUGUGUUUGCACUUUCUCAAUUUCGGGGACCAGUCUAUGUCGGAGCCUGGAACAACCCAGGAAAGCAGUAAACAUGCGGUGAGUGUUUUUUUGCAGUUAAAAUAACAUGUCUUGAUGUACUUUUAGGUUUGUGGGCUAUAGUGAACAAUGCUGGGAUUGGACCUGUGGGUCUUAUUGAAUGGCAGAAUGUAGAAGAAAUGAAGCAUGUUCUUGAUGUCAAUCUCUGGGGGAUGGUAUCAGUGACCAAGGCAUUCUUGCCACAGCUUAAGAAAACCAAGGGACGCAUUGUUAAUGUAGCUAGUACAUGGGGAACAAUUUCGCUCCCCUCUGUAACAGCAUAUUGCAUAUCAAAGCAUGGUGUUCAAGCAUUUUGUGAUUCUCUGCGUCGAGAGGUAAAGCAGUUUGGUGUUUCUGUUCACAUUUUGGACCCUGGUAUGUUUAGAACCAACCUGGCAAAUAGUGAAGUGGCUAUAAAGCAGGUAGAGAGGUUAUGGGCUAACCUUGAUGUGGACACAAAGAAAAGUUAUGGAGGAGAGUUAAAUUUAGGUAAGUAAUAUAUAGAUUUAGCCAAGGCCCAAAGCGAAGCUCUCGUGUGAAGUUUCAAGAGCUCUUUUAAGAAAUGUGCUCUUUCUGAAGUAAAGUUUUCCGAGUCUUCGAUCACUUUAUUACCAUAACUGGUCAGCGGAGAACUUUAAAAAACAUGUCACCUAAAAGGUACAAAGGUAAAGCGACCAUAUUUUACGUUGAUAACUCGUGACAGUAAUAGUAACGGAUAUUAACUUGAGGUCGACGAUGCGCUCAUUUUACAGGGGCCCUCUCUCCAUCAAUGCUCCGUUUUAAGGGUAUUUAAAGCUAGUCAAUUGAGCUACACAGAAAGGAGAGAGGUUAAAAGAAGGAUGUGGUGUCACCGGGGCCGGGGAUCGAACUCGGGACUUCAUGUACCAAGGAAUGUGCACUAACCAACUGUGCCACCCUUAGCUUGCUCACCUCAUUGAGUUGUACACCUGAGCACCUGAGAUGGACGAGCUCAUGCAAGAGAGUGUUCUCUCUUGGUUCAUCAUGAAUACCCAAUUUUCUUACCUGAGGUGCUCUGCUCUGGCCUGGGAAAGCCGUGGGGGAGUAGGGUAUGUGUCUCAUUGCUCGCCAAAGCCGUGAUCGCCAAAACACAAAAUCCCAGAAAGAUAUCCCAACGAAGCAAGAAAGAUUUUCUCCAGAUCAUAAGGGUUCCGUUCUAGGACCGACCUUAUUUUCUCUUUACACAAGUGAUUUACCUGAAGCUAUAACCACUGCGACAACCUACAUGUAUGCUGAUGAUACUACCCUAUAUUGCAUUGGCGAUUCUAUCGACGCAGUAAUUUCUGAACUUAACAAAGCUUUGGGAGAGCUUCUAUACUGGUGCAAAACAAACUCCCUUGUGCCUCAUCUAAAGAAAUGCGAAGCAAUGAUCCUCCAUCGUGGCCCAUUGAAAGAGUUAACGUUGGCCCAGCACACCAUCAAAUGGGUUACACACUCUCGUCUAUUAGGCGUAUUGAUAGAUGAUCAACUAAACUGGUCUAAACAUGUUAGUGUUGUUAGAAAGGCUUUGUUCAUAAGUUAAACUUGUUAAAACGUAGCAAAUUAUUUCCAAAGAAUAUGUUAUUAGACUUGUAUUUUAGAGUUAUUAUGCUGUCGAUCGUAUAUGGUAUAUCAGUAUGGGGAGGCCUCACAAAUAAGGAAGGUUUUAAGGCAUUAGAAGCACUACAUUGUAGAGCUGCGAGAAUUAUCUUUGAGCUACCUCGGGAGAUGUCUAAUGCAGAUGUUAUGAAAAAGGCUAAUUGGUCUUCUUUAGCCUUUAUGUAUAAAGUUAGCUUAGCUAAGCUUAUGUAUAAAAUACACAAUAACCUGACUCCAUAUGCUAUGUCAGCUAUUAUUAAGAACAAUGAUAACAUCAAGCGAUAUCAACUUAGGAAGAAACUGAAAAUUGAUGUCCCUCGUUUUAACACCAACUACAUGAGGAACUCUGUAGCUCGUAGAGGAGCAAUAGUUUGGAACACGUUGGUUCCUCAACUUAAUGACGAUAUAGACAAUGUUAAGAAAUAUGCGAUUAUGGCAAGACGGUCAAAGGCUCUGCUACACCUAGAUUUCGACUGUAUCUCCCCUCAAACAUUAACCAGAAGGGAGGAAGAUUUUAAGUAUAAUUAGUGUUAAUAAUUAGUCGAUACUAGAGUACCACCUUGUACUUUAGAAUUUUAAGCUUUUAUCGUUUUAGACUUGUAAGUAGUAAGUAGCUAUAUGAUUUUAGCUGGUGUAUAUCCUAUUUAUUUUCUAAUUUAUUAGUUAUCUUAUCUAAUUAUUUAGACACGACCCCACAAGCGAAGCGUCGCUUUAAAUACUUAUCAUGUAUAAAUAAAGAUUAUUGAUUGAUUGAUUGAUUGCUGCAUUGUGCAUGCAAGAGCUCAGCUAUCACUUUUUUUUUGACACCUGACACUGAUGUUGGUGAGCCACAACCUUAUUUAAUUAUGCUUGGAAGAAGGUUAAAAUAACCAAAAAAUCGAAAAAGCAAGAAUAAGAAAAUUAACUGAAAGCUAGUCUGUGAACAGCAGCCCCCUUCCCUCAAACAAAAUCUCCAGAUUUUGUUUGAGGGAAGGGGGUGGGGUGGAGGGGGAGGGGGCUUAUGCACUUAAAGGCUUAAUUAGUGAAAGUCGACCAAGACUGCUUAAUUCUGUAAAGAUUCCAGCAGAAAAACCUCAGUUGAGAUUCAUUUGAAAAUGAAAAGAGGGAUAUGGCAAAAAAAAAUUAUGUGGACAUUGAAAUGGUGAUACAUCAUAAAUGGUUGAAUUACAGCUUAGAAAAAAAUAAAUUUAAGUCACCUGUCCAUUAUAUAUGCACAUACAAUCGUGCGUAUACAUGUACAGCUGAAAUAUGGAAAGAAUUAUUUUUUCAUUUCCUGGAAAAGCGUUUUUUAUCAUUAAAUUGGGAUGACUGAUACAUUUUUCGCACUGUGUUGGUGUGUUUGUGUCAGUAUAUUUCUUUUAUCCUUUUAUUAUUCCUUAAUCCUGGUGGUGUCAGUGGCCUUUUUCUUCCGUAAACACCGUACCUUACUGACAACACUAGCUAGAGCUGAGUAAAAUAGAAAAUUAACUACUGCAUUUUCCUGCAUAUUAAUUUACUGAAAAUGUCCUGCUGAAAACGCUGGAAAUGGUAUAAUUUUCUGAGACCCUAAAUUUAAAAAUUUUCUGGGUAAGCAUGCCCUCAGCCCCCUGGCCCUUGGUUGGCUGCCUUCGGCGCUACAAACUUUCUCCCCGUGUGCAUACACCUUCAAAAUCUCAUGCUACGCCGCUGCCUAGGACUAAAUUGUUAUUUUCAUGAUUAAUAAUUAAUGAUGAAAAUAAUAAUUUAGUAAUUUAUUUAAUUACAGAAUUAUUAUACUGUUUUACUCACUAGAAGUGGAAUAAUUUUGUAACGGAUGGUUUGUUAAUGUCCAUAUUUUACUUAAUCUUCCCUAGGAAAGGUCAUGUAUGCUGGUCAGUUUAUGUUUUUUCUGUCACCACAUAUUUACAAAGUGGUUGAUGCAAUGACGCAUGCUGUGACAUCCACUCGACCUAAGCUGCGGUAUGGAGUAGGAUGGGACCACAAAUUCUUUUGGAGGCCUCUUUCUCUUUUGCCAUCUGAAAUACAAGAUUUAAUUCUUCCUCCUAUGCAAGCACACAAAGGAGCUCCGUAA